AAAUUGUCAAAAGUAACAGAUCUAUGCUCCAUCCAGACAUUUCUGUAUCCAUGAAUAAAACGCACCUUAACCUCAUUCAUCCACGUAGGUUAAAUGGUUGAGGGAGUUCCCGCGAGAGGAAACGAAGUCGCAUGAUAAAACGUAAACAUCCAAAGAUACCGAAGGGCAUCAGGGCAUAUUCCACGAGGGACGAUUAACCGUGACGUACCGUGUCAGAGGUAAAACCAUAGUGGAACAAGUGUCGUAUAUCCGUUUGCAGACCUGACACAGAAAUCCUCCAAGGAAAGAAAGGAAAAUAGCAGAGAGGACAAACAGGAUAAGUUUUCUUGGCAUGUUGAUAGACCGGGUGGACAUCGCGCAACGGAAUCACACUGGGUGCCACGCGUGUUGAACGUGACAUCGUUUCAAAACUCGGUGUCGUCGUGAUGUCAGCGGGAGCGAAAUAACGCGACAUGCUCCGACAAUAGAGUGAUCACGAGGAUCAAUCAAAGGUAGAAAGAUGAACCGGCCUAAAUGGGACGUGCUGUGGUCCCCUUUUCACUCGGACCGAUUCAUCACGUGGGACAGCGACGCGCAGUUGAAUCUUUACGAGAUCGGGCCGCGCGAUAAUAGCGUGCGGGAGAAUGAUCAGACUUAUCUGCAAAUCUCAGAGCACUCUGUUGCCGAGCUGGUUUGUUCCGUCACCAUCAACAACUAUGCAAAAUGCGUCGACAUAUAUCCCCAACCGGAGCCAGACAUCAUUGCCAGUGGCCACGCAAAUGGAAAGAUAGUUUUGAACACUCUCAGCCCACCGGAAUUCGAUUACCAGGGCCUAAUUGGCAGAGAGUUUUUUCCAAAGUACACGCGGUCGUGCAACGUCGUUGCCUGGAAUCCAGUGGACACAAACCUGAUUAUGUCGGGUCUGGACAAACACAGCAAAGAGCAUUCCGUGUUACUCUGGGACGUGCUGCAUUGUCCGAAAGGCUCCGAGCGACCGGUAAUAGAGGCUGGCAUAUCCGAAACCAUACAUUCCGCCGCUUGGUUUAAACAUGAACCAAGAUGUUUGGCUCUUGGCGUUAAUAACAAACAGUUGAAAGUUAUCGACUUCAGAGAUUCCACAAAGGUGGUAAAUGUUACUUCAACGAAAGCGAUAUACAAUUUGUCGGUUAAUCCCCACAAUUGUUAUCAAUUACUUUCGCAUGUCGAUAAUCUAAUAACAAUCUGGGAUACUCGGUGCUUCGAGAAACCAAUCGUUACUAUAAUGCCGCAACGACAAGUAACGAAGGUAAUCUGGUGUCCCACUAGACGAAAUCUAAUUGGCACGCUGCAAAAAGAUUCAGUUGGCUUGCAUCUGUUUGACAUUCAGUAUUGCGGAACGGAGGAUACUGAGCCGGGUGUUCUAGAAAGAGUGGUUUUACCACCAUGGCAUAGUCCCAUAAGCUUUGCAUGGCAUCCGACCGAUGAGAAUCGAUUGCUGGCAAUAUCAAUACAAGGUUAUUUAACAGAUUACACUGUAUCUGAGAGAAUAACACUUAACUGGUCCGCACGGUCAUGUCUCAUGUGGAACUGUGCUUUUAAAUCGUUUAAAUAUAUACACAGUGAGGACAGCAUUUAUAAGGAACUGGAUGAUAUUUCGGUUUUAACUAAGAGACGUGCUAUGUUUGAAUAUGGUUUACUUCCAGAAUUGGCUCACAAUGGCGAUAUAGCAGAGAACGAAACUUUAAAAAAUUUGUGGCAAUGGUUGUACCUGAGUCGUUCUUUAGUAGAAGACGGCACUAUACAGAGCCCCGAUAAUAAGCAUCCUGGCGUAAGGACAGUUAUGAAAUUGGAUCAACAAAAUCCAGUCAAUGGUUUGAAAACAGAAGUGAUUCAUCGACCUUGGACGGAUAUAGGUUCUGGUUAUAUGACAAAAAUCUACAGAUCGCCGGAUAGAGAAAGAAGUCUUCUUCUCUGUGGUUUGCGAUUCGAUAGAGAGACCAAUACUGCAUAUGAUAAUUCGUAUCUAGAAAAACUAGAGAAAGAAGGAGCGUAUUCGAAAGCAGCCACAUUUGCGGUAUUUAAUCUCUGCCUAAGACAAGCAAUAGACAUUUUAAACCGAGGUGCUAGCAAGAAACAGACGACUAUUUUGAAUAUGGUAGCGAUGGCGCUAUCAGGCUUUUCCGAGGAACGUACCACGUUGUGGAGAGAAUCGUGUCAGAAAUCUAAGUCCCAAUUAUCGGAUCCUUAUUUAAGAGCAACAUUUGGUUUCUUGACUGCGGAUAAUGACUCCUACGAAAGUGUACUUAACGAAAAUAGUAUGGCUGUCGAAGAUCGCGUAGCAUUCGCUCUCAUGUUUUUAUCGGAUAAUAAACUGCACGAGUAUUUAAAAAAACUGACCCAGAAAGUAACUGAAGAUGGAGAUCUAGCGGGCUUCUUGGUUACAGGUACAAGUACAGAUAGUAUACAGUUAUUGAGUAAAUACUUGGAAAUCACCUCAGAUGUUCAGAGUUGUACUCUUAUUGCUAUCAGAGCUUUUCCGCCUAAGUUACUUCAGGAGAAUCAGGUUCAAGUGUGGAUUACGAAUUACAGACACCUUUUGAAUUCGUGGAAAUUAUGGUUUCAAAGAGCCAAAUUUGACAUUGCUAUGAGGUCUUCGACACCGCAGGAGAAACCGCCGCAACAGAUACAUGUAUCUUGUCAUUUCUGUGGCAAAAGCAUAUCGGCUUCCAUGCAAGGACUAAGUAGGACGAGGGUGCCAUUCGGCAGAUUAGGUAGUACUCCUAACAAAUUAAAGAUGACAGCGUGCCCCAAUUGCCGCAAACCUUUGCCGCGUUGCGCAAUAUGCUUAAUGCACAUAGGCACCGUCAGUGGACUGCAAACAGCUCCCAGUCCCGGUGGCAGGAACGAGGAAUGCAAUGCGAAGCUUACGGAAUUUAAUAGCUGGUUUUCGUGGUGUCUAACAUGUAAACACGGCGGACACAGCGAACAUAUAGCUCAGUGGUUUCGACAACAUACUGAAUGUCCUGUAACAUCUUGCAAUUGUCGUUGCUCGUCCUUGGAUUACAUGCGGAAUGCAACUGUGACAUAGUUUCGCAUAUUUGUAUACUUGUAUGUAUACUGAUCAGGUCUCACCAGAUCAAUUUUAUGUACAAACGAGGGAAUGUAUGUUUGAAUGCUCUUUUCUUUCAUUGCAGCAUUCCUUGUUAUUUUUAUUAUAUACGUACCAAAAUAGCUGCUAACAGAAUGUAAAAAGAGAAAAAUGUAAGAAAAGAAAUGAAACAUAGUAAAUAAUUUGUACGUGUAAA